ACUACGGACCGGCGAUUCCCUUCUCCAUAUGGCCCCCCAGGCUGCCACCAUAUUUUUGCAGUGAAGCGGGAUGGAUUUUAGCAAAUCCUGCCCCAAAAUCCAGCUUUGAGGACUUGCAGAAAGCGCCGCGGCGGGUGCAGCGGGAGGCCCCGGGAUUAAUCUGCAGCAGGGCAAAGCCCUCCGCGAGGCGGAUUAGUUAGGUCAGCAAUUAAACGUUGGCGCUUACGCUGCCGGCAGCGCGCAGGAAAAACCCGGCGCUCAAGGACGAAAUGCAGUUCCUCCUUAAAGGCUGCGGCCGCUCCGAAAUGCUGCAUCUAUCGGCUGGGAGUGUUUCUGGGACCAUAAACAAGCCGGCUGUGUCACGGCUGGCUAAAUAUAGUGCAGCCCGGGUUGCCUUCAUGCUGCCUGUGCCAUCUGAAUUACUGGCUGCAGGAUCCGAGCGUGCCUUCCCAAUGAUUACUCAGCACAAAUUCGCCGUAAACAACAUCCCCCUAUUUGAUCGUGCACCGUCUCGCUCUUCUGCCGUCGCACCCCGCUCGCGGCUAAGCUUUCCUUACCUUGCUUCUCAGAUGCUCGCAUCCUCCUCUCCCGGCUCCUGCGGCAGAGCGACGGGGAGCCCGGCUGCGCUCCCGCACACCGGCUUUCCGCUCGUCAUUCGGCGGCAGUCCCGGGUCACGGGGCGACGGCCAUGGGCUGGGGCACUGCUGCCUGGGAACUGCGCGCCGGGUUAUAUUUGGGAUUACGGAGACUCAGGAAAGGAUGAGGAUGGAGACAGACAUAUCACAUCUUCUAAAAUGUGGCAUGGAGUGGGAUCUGGAGUCUGCAGGUCUGAUCCAUCAAGUGCAAACCUAAGCAAUCUUUUUUUUUUUUUCUUUUUAUCUUCCCCCGAUUUUUUGCUUUUUGGAGAAGGUUAAAUCCUUUGGAUGGAUGCAGUGUGUCAAAGCUUUGCAGAGCCGGGAACGGGGUGGCGUGCUGCUCGAGACACACCUGGGCCACUUCCCUGGGUACCCGGGCAGGCUAGCACUAGCUGAUGCUAUAAACACGCUAUUAAUUGCCCCCAAAUCUUUAUCCCAGCGUAACUACAGAUGUGACGGGGUUACGAGCUAUCAGAGCCACUUCUUCCAAGCAGUCAUCGGUAAUUCUGGUUAGCUUCCUUGGGUAUCCCCCAUCCCCAGCGUAUCGGAGCAUCCCAGAAGCUUUAAUCUCUCCGCACAACGCCCAGGGGAAGCAGAGCAGCGUGAUGACUGAUGGGGAAACAACAGAGGAGUUCAAGGCACAGGUCCCCGGGUCAGAUACGCCAAAGGACAAGUUAAAAUAACUGGGCUGUAAAUACGCAGCGUGGCGUGCGGAAAGCAAAUAAAGAAUAACA